UUUGCCUCAGCGCGGACUUCUCCACAGAGGCGGGGCAGUCCGCCAGCUGAGGUUACGAUUACCUUCCCUAGGGAUAUUGCAGGAGGAGGGGGCACCGUCGGUAGCAGCAGUGGAGAGGGGGGUGGCACCAGCGGCGGUGGCGGUCGUGACGAUCGCGGCCACGGUGGACGACAUAGCAACAGCAGCAGCAGCAGCAUUGGUGGAGGAGAUGGCGGCAUUAGUGCUGGAGGAGGAGGCACCAACGGCCGGAGGAGCAGCAGCAGUGGAGGUGGAGGGGGCAGCAGCAGUGGAGGAGGAGGAGGCACCGUCAGCAGCUGYAGUGGAGAGGGGGGUGGCAGGACCAGUGGAGGAGGAGAUAGCCGCACAGGCAAAGGUGCCAUGUGGGGGCGAUGACGAGCGCCUCAUGCAGCAGUUCCUCACAGAGAAGCUCGAUCCGGUCAUAGCGGGUAUGACCCCGGGGGUGGCGAGGAGGACGACCGCGACGAGGGAGGUACUAGCAUUAGGUUGUGAGCCUCAGCGAGGUCGCGGCAAAGGAGUGUCCACCGAAAGUUUGGAGCACGCUCUGAGAGCAGCGACGCAUGCCGUGCAGGAGCAGACUCCAUGCAAGCGUGGAGUGCCUCCUCGUCCACGCCCUGUGCCUGUAGAGGGAGGCGCUGCACUUAGAGAGAGUUCGGGGGCGGAGGGGUUGGGGAUGCCUCAUGGAUCUCGCCGUGAGCAGACGGUUGCAGAGGCUAGUGCGAGGGUUGUUGUGUUGAGGAAGGGAGGAGGCCCUGUCACCAUCGAGGAGGAUGAUCCUGAUACGGAUGCAGCUGUGCGGGAGGAGGACGAGGACUAUGAGGGCGAGGAGGAGGGAGARGAGGAGAGCAGGAGCGAUUCCGAUGGUGACGACGACGACGACUACGAUGGGCCCCCACCUCCCCCAGGACCCCCACCGACGCGUGCAUCUACACGCUCCGCUGMGCGGACUUCUUCAUCCGCACGAGGGAGGAAGAGGUCGACAUCUGGCACUCAAGGGGGUACGAGGAGACAGAGCGGAAAGGGGAAGAAGGGYCGUUGACCWAUGAGGCCAACACUCCG